UGCCGGUUUACACACACCCCGUCUCGUCUUGACUCUUGCUUUGGAAAGCUGUUCCACUUGAUUGCUCGGUUUGCCUCUUUGAGUCAGUGGUGGCCUGGGAAUUAUAAAGAUGACAAAGGCUCAGCCAAGUCCCUGGUAGCGCGUGCCAGAUUCGAGCUGAUUUAAGGCUGCGCAGCCUGACUCUGGAACUUUCUUCACACAAACGAAAGCUACUUUUGGACAGUUUCUUUCUUUCUUUUUUUUCUUUCUUUUUUUUUGCCAUCUCGUGGAACCUGCCGAGCGGUGCACACCUUGCAGAGGCAACAUGAUCAAUGGUGCAUUGCAGAUUGCCGGGCUGCUCCUCGGUGGCCUCGGCAUGAUUGGGACAUUUGCAGUCACGGGCAUGCCUCAGUGGAGGGUGUCUGCCUUCAUCGAGAACAACAUCAUUGUGUUUGAGACCAUUUGGGAAGGCCUGUGGAUGCACUGCAUCAGGCAAGCCAACAUCAGGAUGCAGUGCAAGGUCUACGACUCCGUGCUGGCCCUCUCUCCAGACCUGCAGGCAUCCAGGGGAUUGAUGUGUGCUGGGUCGGUGCUCUCCUUCCUGGCUUUCCUAGUUGCCACUGUUGGAAUGAAGUGCACGCGGUGCCGGCAGAGCGGUUGGCCGACCAAGGGCUAUAUCCUCUUGGCAGCUGGGCUCCUCUUCAUCCUCUCAGGUACCACUGCACUCGUUCCAAUCUGCUGGGUUGCCAACACCAUCAUCAAGGACUUCUACAACCCUGUGGUCAAUGUGGCACAGAAAAGGGAGCUUGGUGAGGCCCUCUAUCUGGGCUGGGUGGCUGCUUUCUGCCUUAUGGCUGCUGGAGCCAUAUUCUGCUGCUUUUGCCGCUGUUGUGAGAAAACCAGGAGCUACAACUACUCUGUGCCUCCUCACCAGCUGCCACUCAACCAACACUUGCACGGGACCACCGAAAGUGCCUACUCCAAGAGUCAGUACGUCUAGAUGCCUCCAGCCUUUUCCUCAUUCUUAUCUUUUCUUUAGGCAUUUUUUAAAACUGUUCAAUCUGUCUGGAUGGAUUUGAAUGAAAGUUGCCUUUCCUCCUGUUCUAACUGCUGCUGUGGUCACUGCAUACAACCCUCAGUGGGCUCUUCUGGAGUAACGCUGCAGCAUGGACAGUUGUACCAAAUGGGAAGAUGAAUGUUUAAUGCUAUCUUAUAGCAACUUGGAAUAGCUUUGGGGUUGCGUGGAUCUGCUUUGGGUUGCAUUUUAUGUGUAAAAUAGAAAUGAAGGGCUUAAAGUUCCAUGGCGAUAUGAAAUACAGGCCUACUGCAAAGAAAAGGGGUGCUGAGCUUAUAAUUCCUUUUUUUUUUUUUUUCUUUCCUGGGAAAGAGGGAUAACAGUGAAUAAGGACAAGAUAACAAUGGUUUAAAAGAAAAGCGUUCACUAAUGGAUUGAUUUACUGUGGGUUUGCUGGAGAGUUUUGUGAGGAAUUUAUUCAUCAAAGGAAGGUAAGCUGAAAUACAUGAAAAAUACCCCUUAUUUCAGAGAACAAAUACAGCUCUAUAUUCAUCCUAAAUACCAUCAUUUUGGUGAAAGUUACUAUUUCUUUUGUAAUCCAUAAAGGUCGAACUCAUUCACAUCCUUCUUUUUAGAAGUGGCAGUUUUCCCAACUCCUUGUAACUCAGAACAUUUUGUAGUAUUGCAUAGGUUGGACUGUGUUGGCUAGCUGCCACAGGAUGCUAUGAAAUAUAUGCCUGUGAAAAAUGAUCUUUUGAUCAGUCAGGCCCAUAUUUUUGCUGAGAUCCACUCAUACCAGCAUGGUUUAUAGGCAAAAGAGCAUAAACAAUGAUAAUAUUUUCUAACAGCUAACACCAAAACAAGCUCAACAAUAUUUUUAAUAACAAGAUCAUGUACCCAUAAUAAAGAACAAUGUAAUGAAACUAAGUCUACAGAAAAAUAAAUGUAGCUCCAUAAAAAUUAAUGUAAGAAAAGACCAAAAUUAAUCAAUAGUGAUAAUAUUUUUAAUAGAAUUUUGUAACCUCGGGCCUGUGGAAACUAAUGGCAUUUUGCCUUUGACUUAACUGAUGACACAAUUCAAUUUGUGGUGUUUAAUGGAGAACAACAUUUUUGCUCUCAAGUGUGAUUGACUGUUUUAAAUAUUUUGUAGAAAGUUUAUGAUGUGAUCUGUAAUUCUGUGGCAAAUUCCUUAGACUAUUACUACUUGAAAAAUCAGAAUCAAAUUCUUCAUAACAUGCAACUCUGAGCAAGCUAGAAAAAAUAAUCUUCACACUACUCUAAAACUGUCUCUUUGUAGUGUUUAUAAGAUCAAUAUUAAGAUAUUCAGGGAAAGUUCAAGUUGGAUAUUAGGAAGCAUUUCUUCUCAGCAAGAGCAGUGAGGCAGUGGCACGGGCUGUCCAGGGAGGUGUG